AUGAAUGAGUUUGAAGUGUGUACUGUGACACCAUCAACCAAUCGCCCGCUUCCAACUGAAUCGUCUAGUGGAUCUGCUGGUAGCGUGCAUCGCCUAGGCUAUGUUCAUUCUGUCGAUGUAGAGCUUGAGUUGCUCGUCAGGGAGGGCGGUCGGAAUGGAAUCACUAAACUUAAGUUAAAGCAAGUACCGAAAUUUCUUGUUAAUGCAUUCAAUUUUAUUAUUAAAAAUGGUCUGGCGUUAGAAGGAUUGUUUCGUCGGGAAGGAAAUGCCAGUCGUCUUAAUCAAAACAAUUUCGCUGUUUACUUGGGUGCGGCCCCUUUGCCCCCCUCUUUCACUGUUCAUGAUGUAUGUUCAAUGGUAAAACGAUUCUUUCGAGAUCUGAAGGAACCACUUCUCCCUAACCCUGCUCUACGGAAGUCGUUGCUGGAACUCGUCAAAAGGAAUGAAGUGGUUCCGGUAACGCGUCACGACUUUUGUUCCCUAUUUGAAACUAGAUAUGACGUAAUAAAGAAAACGUGGGAUCGUUCUCUACCUGAUGCUCAUAUCGGCACUCUCGGUUACCUGAUGAGGCAGCUUCAAGGGAUAUCACGUCAUUCUGACAAAAAUCAAAUGGAUUCUGCAAACCUUGCAACGGUAUUUGCGCCCACUCUUUUUCGCCAACAGAAAAUAAGGAGAAAAGACCGAAGAGGCUCUCAGGAUGAUCUUCUGACUACUCUCCGUAGCGACACGAAGCUGCAAAUCGCUGCUGUACAACUUCUGAUAGAGCGAGCGAACUGGAUAGGUCUUCAUCCUAACUUUUAUGUUACAAGCGUCCAUCACCACAGAAGUUGCUCUGCCGCUCCGUCUCCUCGACAGCCAUUUAUGCCUUCUAUUGCGAACUUGAAAGCGCCACUUCCGUGUGCAGAACGAAAACACUUUGCUAAAGGAGACGUGGUAGCUGCUCCCCAUCUUAGUGAUAGAGAAGCCGCAAUAAAAGCGAGCGAUAUUGGCAAAAUAAAGCCAUCAACAAAACGAAGAUCGUCGUCGGCUUUCCGCGGAAUUAUUAACGGUAUUGGUGACCGGCUGCUAAAGAGAAGUCCAAGUAGAGAGCGUGGCAAGGCCAACCGUCGUCAAAGCUCACCUGCGAUUGUGGUUACGGCUACUCAGCAACAUCGUUCUCGCUUACCGCGACGACCAUCACCAGAGUAUACGCUGGAAUUUGCGUCACCACCUCAUAGCAGCUCCUCUGAACAAGUGAAUGCUAAUAUUGCUCCAGUACGUGACUCUGCAAGAUCAUCCUCUUCUCGUGCUUCUCGCUCUGGUCAGCCCGUCGUAAUAUCUUCAGCGAGGCCAUCAGCUCAUGUGUUAGGGCACCAGAACAUGACAUCAAAGCUCAACGGCUCUCAGUCAAUUGGAAGGUCUUCUCAUCGGACUGCAGAAACAGCCAUAUACAGACGUGAUUCUGGAAGAAAGCGAGGUGAAACACCUCCGAGGAGAGCUAACAAGGUACUCAAGGAUAAUCCGGUAUCCAUGCUUGGCGAAGAACAUUUCAAUCCCACUUAUCGUGAACAACAUGAAAGAUCACGACGUCGUCACACAACUCCAGUUAAGACAUCAACUGCCCUGAGGCGCAACCAGCCCAAUACACGACACUCAGGAUUACAACAACCGAAAAGGCGUGCUACUGUAGUGAAUGCGCAUGAACAGGAGAAAGAGAAUCGCCACCGAACUGGAUCUGUAAGUGCCACUAAUUCCUGCGAAGAUAUUGAAGCGACAAUGGCAGAGGACAGCUUGACCUUGACAGAUUCCUCAGCUGAUAUACUAACUCAGAAAGGGCAUGAAUCACGUUUGAGGCGAGCGAAAAGGCAACAUAGACGAGAAUUGUCCUCAGUCCUUCAAGAUUCUUUAUUCGACUCUAGCUCCUGUCCGGAACCUGUUGACAAAAAAGAUGACGAAAAAGGCUUUGUAAGGAAAGUAUCUGUUGGAUGCUCACCAAUAAUCUUCCCACGCAGUCCCGUCGAUUCGAAGGAAAACCAUGGUUCAGCGUAUGUUGGGGAAACAAUAGUGGUUACACCAGCAGCGCUUCCAUCUGAUUCUUAUGAAUCGCCCACAAUGGAUCUCCCCACUGAUCUGUGUAUAUCGCCUCCUCCGAUAGAGCCACGUUCAACUGCGCGCCCCUUGAUUACCACGCACUCACCGUCGAAGGAGGCAGCUGUGGUUUUGAAGCAGUCUCCCUCCAGGAGAGUCCUGCCUCAAGAGCCCAGCGGCUCUAUGCACCCUGGAGGAGAUUCAAACGAAGAAGUCCAACAAGUAGUCUUCCGUGUUCCAUCUUUGCCUAAUCCCUUCUCGAAUCCCCUUGCAAUGGGUGAACCUUCUACUGAUAGAGUGGGCAGCGUAAAUACGGAUAUGAGACGAAAAGCGCCAGUCCGGCCCAAGUCACCGAGAAACAUACACUCGCUGAUGCCCUUGCGGGUUCUCAAAUCGGUCUCACUCGAUGAUGAUCGGCAAGACCGAUUUGUGAAGCAUGUUCCAAGCAAUCCAACGGCUGAACCUGCUCUAGAACCUAGUUCAGCUUUGGCCUCACCUGUAGAACCGUUCGAAGCCUCGAGUGAAUUAAAGGCAGCUCUAAUAAAUGCACGCUGCGAUGAAGACAUGGAAGCUACUAUCGGUCGACAUUUUCGAGUUCGUCCAUCGGUUGCUUUCAUUCAAAAACAGGGUAUUGUUCGUGACAGAGUGAAUUUGUUCCGACAACUUGGAAAUACCAUAUCGGUACCGCUGGAACCAGUGAGUGGACGGGUUCGUUAGUUUUUUCUGCAUGAAGGUUUCGGUUCCUUUCCCAGAAACCUUCCACAAGCUACGGCGAAAGUCUUAGGACAAAAUGAAAUACAUCCGAAAGUUUUAUUAAAGAGCAGAAGGAGUCAGUAUUCUAUCAUUUGCACUAUGCUUUGUACCGUUUAA